AUGAUCAGGACGGAGAGCGCAACGAUGGUGGCAGCACAGCGAGUAGUGGCAGCACAGCGAGUAGUGGCAGCACAGCGAGUGGUGGCAGCACAGCGAGUAGUGGCAGCACAGCGAGUAGUGGCAGCACAGCGAGUGGUGGCAGCACAGCGAGUGGUGGCAGCACAGCGAGUAGUGGCAGCACAGCGAGUGGUGGCAGCACAGCGAGUGGUGGCAGCACAGCGAGUAGUGGCAGCACAGCGAGUGGUGGCAGCACAGCGAGUGGUGGCAGCACAGCGAGUAGUGGCAGCACAGCGAGUGGUGGCAGCACAGCGAGUGGUGGCAGCACAGCGAGUAGUGGCAGCACAGCGAGUGGUGGCAGCACAGCGAGUGGUGGCAGCACAGCGAGUGGUGGCAGCACAGCGAGUGGUGGCAGCACAGCGAGUAGUGGCAGCACAGCGAGUGGUGGCAGCACAGCGAGUGGUGGCAGCACAGCGAGUGGUGGCAGCACAGCGAGUAGUGGCAGCACAGCGAGUGGUGGCAGCACAGCGAGUGGUGGCAGCACAGCGAGUGGUGGCAGCACAGCGAGUGGUGGCAGCACAGCGAGUGGUGGCAGCACAGCGAGUGGUGGCUCUGCUUACAGCAUGGCAAGUGUGGAGGAGGCUUUAA